UUCUUCUCUCUACAACCCAAUCUUCUCUCUCUAAACGUAGAAGAACACUACUUAAAAGUCAAAUGACGAGUUUUCUGAGAGCAACUUGGUUGCGGUUUCGUAAUUUGAUGACGUUUUCUCCCCACACUCCGACAUCGUUGAGGGACAAAGCUAUAGCUGUAGCAGGGAGAGUGACAACAGUGACGAACGGAGACAGCUCAAAAGUUUCAUGCCCCGUAUGUCUGAACGUAAUCGAGACACGAGGCGAUGCUGACCUCAGAAUGACAUUGGCAGUGCACUUGAGUUUAUGGCACCCCGACGAUGUUAAGCUGCAGUGGGAUAUUAUGAACAAGACUACUCCAUCGGCUAUUCAUUUGCCUUCCCUCGUCGUCGGAGUCGCAGCGGUUGCUGGUUUCGGAGCUCUUUUGGCUCUCUCGGCCAAAAACCGGCAUCAACAGCUGCCUCUUAGUCGAAGGAGGAGGUAAAUUUUGAGCAUCGACUUAAGUAUUAUUAAAUAUAUAUGUUAAACAAAGUAUAGGCAACUCGAAAGUCGCGUAAUUUAAAAGUUGGGAAUGUUCGGAAACCUGAGUUAUAGAAAGCACCGGAUCGAGUGUAUAUUGAUUUUAGUGACUAUUUUCGGAAUAUUGAGAACGGCAGUGGAUCUGGUACAAGUAUAUUAAGAUAUUAUUUUCUCCCUUGCUUCCCGAUUUUACCCUUGGUUGAAUUGGCAUUGUUGCAAUUCGUUUUGAUUUUAUUUUAUUACGUAAUUCUUGUGAUGUGCAGGUUAUUAUUGAUUUGUAAUUUUGAUUUAUUUGACAAUGAGAUGUAAUUGGAUGAAUACCCUAUUCGAAUUUAGUUCAUC